CACAGUCAACACUGUGUGAACACUAACUUUUCCACUCUGUGGACACUAAAAUCUGUGUCAUUUUUCUUAUGGAUAUAUUUCUAACGAAUGACAGUAUUCAAGAGAUACGAUUGGUUAAAAGGUUCUGCAUAACGAUGAAAUGUAGCCAAUUGUAAACACGGACAACAGGCAGACUAUAAAACGGAACUUAUCUUACCAAGACGGUAUUUGUGAGGAAGAUCAACAUUUGUGAUACUAGUGCUAAGUUUCGAUUGAAGCCAGCAGAAAAUGUAUUGGUUGCUGAUAUUCAUAAAGAUUUCUUUGGUUAUCACGCCAUCUUAUCAGCUUUGCCCAGCAGAUAAUCAUCAGUUCGGAUGCGAAGAUGCCAGCAAAUGGAAUCUAACAGUAGUCGGCAUUAAAGUUGCUUCUAUCUACAUUUUCACGCAUCUGAAUUAUCCCGACAACUAUCGGAACUGCGUGCAUAGGCAUUGGCGUGUAACUCCAGCGGCAGGCUUUAAUAGACUAAAGGUACAAUUCGAAUUCGUAAAUAUGGAAACUGGUUCCGACUUCAUGUAUAUAGUUUACGAUACCGCUACCGCUACACAAACGGAAGAUAUAUCGGAUGGAAAUGUCCAACUACUGAUGACGAUCGAGAGUAUUUCUUUCGAAUCGUUUGACAUAUACAUGUGCACUAACCCUACAAUCAGGCGUCCUGGAUUUUACAUGUCAAUAACACCUGAAUUCUAUGCUGAUCCAUACACGGAACAAAUAUGCCGGCAGAUGGAAUCUAACUGUAGUCGGCAUUAA